UCUUACUAAUGCGUAAUGGAAGGAAGGAGAAGGUAGAGUUUUGGUACAGUCCCGUCAACGGUGGUUGUUCUUCACCCACAAAUGUCUCACCAGGAAACAAAAAUAACUAAAGUUGGCUAACCAGCAAUAAAUUGAAAAGUUGUUCAGGAGAACUUUCCAUUUUAUUUAGCGCAUAUUUCCAUCACAUGAAACAAUUAAACAUGUAACAUGAAAUACUUUUAUUUAAAACCCAUUCAUAGUUCCUGCAGUGUUGAGCAGAGGGGGACAGCCAAUCAGGUGGGCACUUAGAUUCAUCACACGAGGGAGUCGGAACACAACUGCCAACUUGUUGCAGACAUGAGACGUGCUGAUACCCGCUCUCGGUCUAAACGUCCAGCGAACACGCUGAGCUCGGCAAGGAAUACCCCUGCCGCCGGAGACGAAUCGGUUGAGGAGGAAGCAGCGGGAACGUCUUCCACCGCUAGGACCACAGUCGCUCCUAAUGCCCAACUGGCUUCAACGAGAAUGUACCAUGAGCUGCAGAUGGCCAGGCAGAAGUUGGACUGGCAGCAGGAGCUGGUUAAAGACUUGACCAAAGAAAGGGACUUCCUGCUGGAACAACUGGCUAUGACAGCAAGAAAAAAGGACAAGGGCAGUCCACCCCAGGCGAAGAAGUGCCAGUCGCAGGGAGCCGACUCAACCGACUCGUCCAAGUCGGGGCCUGAUUCUUCCCACUCUUCUUCCGACUCUUCUUCCGACUCUUCCUCCGACUCUUCCUCCUCGGAUGAGGGACGGAAGAAGAAGAAGAAGAAGAAGAACAGCAGGGGAAAAGGACGGAAGCAGGGGAAAAGGGCAAAGAACCGGAAGGGGCAAGGUGUUUACCAGCGAGCUAAAGAUCCUGAAGAGGUGGUGGCCCGGUACCGCAAGGUGCUGAAAAUCUGCAGGAAGGGAAGAACCAUGGGGGCAGCCUUCAAAGCUGUGGGGGUCGACCGCAACACCAUUGUUGUAAAUGCCCCCAUGGCAGAGCUGUGCAUUGCUGCCCCAGAGGCGUAUGCAGAGCUAAAAGAGAGCGCCCCCAAAAAGGAGAAGCUCUCCAGUUUUGCACAGAGGUGCAAGGAUGCCAUAGACGUGGACGAAAACAUUGUUACCCGAAUCAAAGAAUAUAAAGACUCUGGCAAACUUUUGCCAAUUACUAAAAAAAACUAGCUGAUCCCCUUAUUUAAAGUUAUGUUGUUGUUGUUGCUGUUGUGUUAGAUAUUAGAUUAUUAGAAUGCAUGUUUAAAGUGAAUUUAU